CGGUUUACUCAAAUGUUUUUGAUAUUAAAACCAAGCUAUGUGGCUCGCAGUGGUAUAAAAAUCACGCACGCUUUUAUUUCGAAGAACAAGAACCAAAGCUGUUGGCGAGCUGGAUGCAGAGGGAAAAUAACAAUGGAUUUAGCAUUAAAUGAUCACUAAAGAUAACGGUGGUUUUCCGGUUGGAACAAGUUCUGCGUUUGUCUGCGCAGAAACAAACAAACUGCCUGUUUGUCCGCCGGACGCCUGGACUCCAGGUUCGCCACGGCGGUGGGGGACGAGUUAGCUGUAGCACUCCGCUGCAGCCACAUCAGCACCGCGGACAUUUAACCAGCCACUGUUUGUUGCUGUCUUUGCAGACAUUGAAUCAUGGCAGACAGCAUCAUGAGCAAGGCUGCUACCAUGGAGAUCCCCAUUAACAGCAAUGGCGACACUGGGACUCUGACAGAGGAUGACAGCCUGGAGCAGGAUUUGCAGCAGGUGAUGGUGUCGGGACCCAACCUGAAUGAAACCAGCAUUGUGUCAGGAGGCUAUGGAGGACCUGCAGGGGGCAUCAUUCCAACCAGCAGCAUCAAAGGGCCUGCAGUUCGCUUCAACCCUGAGUAUCUGGACAGAAGACGAGUGCCUGCACCAGGACCAGACAUUCGCAUGAAAUCCAGGGGUGUUGGCUUGCCUAAAAGCGCAUCUGCAGCCAGUCAACUUGCCCAGCACACAAUCCAGCAUCCAGGUUCCUCAAACAAUAACAGUGGUAAUUCCACUGAGGAAGUUUCUCGGGGUGUGGCGGUGGAGAAAUUGGACAGUGUAAAGAAAUGGGGCAUAAACACAUACAAGUGCACGAAGCAGAUGUUCUCAGAGAGGUUUGGCAGAGGUUCAAGAACGGUAGACCUGGAACUGGAGGCUCAGAUUGACGUGUUAAGGGAGACCAAGAACAAGUAUGAAAUAAUCCUGAGACUGGCCACUGCACUCACCAGUCAUUUUCUAAGCAUGGUGCAGACUCAACAGGCUCUAGGAGACACCUUCACCGAACUCAGCCAGAAGUCCCCAGAGUUGCAGGACGAGUUUGGGUACAACGCAGAGACACAGAAGCUGUUGUGUAAGAAUGGCGAGGCUCUGCUCAGCGCCAUCAACUUCUUUGUGUCCAGCGUCGACACCCUGGUCAACAAAACAAUGGAGGACACCCUGAUGACCGUUAAGCUGUAUGAAAACACAAGACUCGAGUUUGAUGCGUAUCGCUCUGAUCUGGAGGAGCUGAGUUUGGGCCACAGGGAUGCAGCGGCCAUGGUCCGCAUUGAGAUGGCUCAGCAUGAUUACCAGAUUCACAGAGACAAAUAUGAAAGGCUGCGUAGUGACGUUAUGAUCAAGCUCAAAUUCCUGGAGGAAAACAAGGUGAAGGUGAUGCACAAGCAGCUGCUUCUGUUCCAUAAUGCAAUCUCAGCCUACUUUGCUGGCAACCAGGAGCAAUUGGAACAAACUUUAAUACAGUUCAAUGUAAAGUUAAAGCCCCCAGGAUCCGACAAGCCGUCCUGGUUGGAGGAGCAGUGAAGAGCGCUCAGGGUUCAGCAGUCUGACAUGCACAGCGACUCGCUGGUCCGUGAGAAUCCUCACACUGUACUUAGAUGGACAAGAUUGAAAUUCAUAAAGGAGUACAUGAAAGGAUUGAUUACGGUCAGUGGUAACGGAAAACAAGACAUCUUGUGUUUUUCAAAAUCCUGUAUUACAUCGACGGUAAAACAAUUUUGGUAUUACGUUUUUUUUGCUUUACAAAAAGACCUUUGUUACUAAUUAUUUAGGUUGCACAAUCAUUUAAAUGAAUAUAACUUCUAAUCUAUGUACAGUAGAGUCUACUAUCGGUGGGAGAUCCAAUAGCAAUUUUGCACAUACACUAUUUUUAUUUUAUUUUUUAUGUUGUCUAAAGUGUUACCUUCUAUUUCAGAGCAUAUCACAUUAAGGGAAUUCCACAAAUCAGCUUAGCAAAUUAAAGGGAUAAUGUCAACAAUUGUAUGAAAUAUCCUCUGAAAUUGUAUUCAUUUUCCUCAAGUGUGCAUGACUUAAUCACAUUUUUCAAAAUUAGUUUUACAGAUUUAGAUCCAACACAUCAGGAUAUAGCAUACGUUUUUUAAAGUUAUCCCACUUGCGUGUAAUAUUGCUCAGUGGUGUAGUUCACACGCGUUGAAGGGAAAACCUAUAUAGUGAAUAUAGUUAUUUUCUGUAACCAAAUAUAAAAAAAAAAAUGAGUUUGAUCUUCUAUUUUGUAAAGCUUGAUAUUGUCCCGAUGAAUGCAGCAAAGUUUCUGUCAUGUUUACACAUUAAACAAGCCUCAAAAGCAGAUGUUACACUCCCGACUCAGCAUCAAGUAAAUAAUAUAUUGUAUGCUUUGAUUAUAAAUACAAACAUCUGGCCUAUCAUAAAGAAAUCUACAUGCAACACAGAGCAUGGUUUGUUUUAUUUGGAGCCUGUGUACAUCUAAUCCUUGUAUUCCUUGCAUUGGAAAACAUGAACUACUGGAUCCAUGUGAUACCACAUACAUGAUACAAUUUCAAUUUCAAUUUCAAAUGUCUUCGAGGACAGAAUGUAGACACAUAUUUUUCUUAUUCUUUUAUUUAUUCACCGUUUUGUUUGUGACAUAGCAUUAAUUGUUACGUACAUUUAUUUUCCAUUCUAUUCAGUAAAUUAUCUUUGUCGUCUUUUGCAUUUCUAAUAAAAUCUGCUGGAUGUUUUGUUUCACCUAA